UCUUGAUUGCCCAGCCCCUUUCUCUCCACCCCAACCCUUCGUCCCUUCUCCGUCCUCCUUACCUGCCCAUUCACCUGCAGUUGCAGGCCAGGUAAGUCCUCAUUUCAGCAGGCCACGUCAGGGACCCGCCGCGCAUGACCAUACUUACUCGCUCGCAGACAGCAGCGAUGGAUCAGAAGGCAGGCGAGACUGACGAGGCCUACGAGGCACGAUUGACGGCCCUCAUAGCCGAAGGCAAGCAACGGGCAGACGUAGCGGCAGCAGCACGGAAGAAGAAAGAAGCAGAGGCAGAGAAACAGCGUCUUCUGGCGGAAGAACAGCGGCAGAAGCACGCGGCAGCAGCAGCCAAGGCCGCUGAUGAAGAACGCGUACGGCGACGCGAGAUCAUAUUCAGGGAGGAAAGUGCAUUACACGCACAGGCCAAGGAUUGGCAGAAGGAGGCCGGGAACGGCGAUCCCGUUGACGUCGGGAGCAGAGUAUCUCAGCUGCUCAACCGUGUCACGGACCUCCUCGCGACUUGCAUCGCGCAACAGGAGGAUAUCUACUCUCUCGACCACACCAACAAGGCGUUACAGCAGUCGCUGGACCAGACGCUCAAGCACGUUCAACAACUGGAGCAGUGGGUCGCUAACGCCAAUGCCAGCGCCGGCCCGUCCGACCUCGCCGACCGCGUCAACGUCUUGGAGAUAGACGUGGGGACACUCAAGGCUGGGGCGCAACAGCAUGUCUGCGCCGCAGCCAGCUCCAGCACGGCGCCACGCGAGACCAUUGUCAAGUUUGACGGGCUCCCGAUCUUCUGUGACGCAUCGAAGACGGACCCCAUACAAUGGUGGUGCCAGUUCGAACUCAAGCUGGACCUCCACCACGUCGCCAACGAGAAUCGGCAUGCAUAUUUUUACUCCCGCUCGGGAGGCGCAUGUCAGGCAUGGUUGGACAACAUGCUGUCCGCCCAUGCAUGUACAGUCACCGAGUUGCACAAGUACAUCACCUGGGCGGAUCUCACGGCGGCAUGGAAGAAGCGCUUCCAAGUAGAACCGCCCGAGCACAAGGCGAUGGACAAGCUGCUGACAUUUUCGCAGAACAGCAUGCCAAGCGGAGACUGGAUUUCCGAGUUCCAACGCCUCGCAAGCACGCCCAAGCUGCCGCUGAACUUCGACGGCAUCAAGCUCUAUUUCAUCAAGAGGUCGUGCCCGGCGUUGCAGAAUGCGUUGACUCAUGUCGCCGACAGCCUCACUACAAGCGAGGAACUCUUCAACAAGGCCGCGCAGAUCAUUGUGACGAACUUGGCAGCCCGGAAUACGAGCCCUUCGUCAAAUGACGGCCAGGGCGCGCACCAGCAUCGGCCUAAAGUGGCCGUGGUCGCAGCGGCAACGACUAGCGACCCUUCUACUUCAAGCGAGGCUGUUUCGUCUGACGAGGGAGACAGACUCGCAGCUGCCCAGAAUGGUGGCCGCCCCGCCGAAGGGCGAGGACGCGGCAAGCCGAAGACCAAUACCAAUACUUCUCGGCCCGGGCAAGCAGCUCCAGCUCAAGGACCUUGGACAGCGUACGGCCUAACGGAGCGCGGGUAUCGCUUCAUGCUGGUCUACUUGGACGACAUCCUCGUCUAUAGCCGGACCUUGGAGGAACAUCUUGAUCAUCUUCGACGAGUGUUGGAGACACUCCGGUGCGCCAAGUUCAAAGCCAACCGCGACAAGUGCGAGUUCGUGCGUCAAGAGUUGGAAUACUUGGGCCACUUCGUCACUCCACAAGGCAUCAGUCCAUUGUCGGACAAGAUUCAAGCCGUCCAAGAUUGGUCGGAGCCACGGAAUGUCACGGAUGUCCGAUCAUUCCUUGGCCUCGCCGGCUACUACCAACGCUUCAUCAAAGGCUACUCGAAGAUCGCGACUCACUUAACCAAGCUUCAAUGCGAGGACCGGCCGUUUGACUUUGGGACGGACGCGCAGGAAUCAUUCUUGGCCCUCCAGGCCUCAUUGCUCUCCGCGGUGGUAUUGCGGAUAUACGACCCGCUAUUGCCAACGCGCGUCACCACGGACGCAUCCGGCUAUGGCAUUGGUUUCGUCCUCGAGCAACAUGACGGCGUGGAUUGGCACCUGGUCGAAUAUUUCAGCAAGAAAGUGUCGGCCGUGCACUCCAUCGAUGAUGCACGCAAGGAGGAACUUCUCGCCUUCGUCCACACACUCAAGCGAUGGCGGCACUUCCUCCUCGGUCGACGCCAGUUCCGAUGGGUAACGGACAACAAUCCGUUGGUCUUCUACAAGUCUCAAGACACCGUCAACAGCACCAUCGCUCGUUGGAUGGCCUUCAUCGACCAAUUCGACUUCUUUCCCAAUCACAUUCCGGGGAAGUCGAACCGUUUUGCAGAUGCCCUUUCGCGGCGUCCGGACCACUGCACCGCGGUCUACUCAACCUUCGAGAUCGAGGACGACUUGCGGGACAUAGCUUCAUCCGCGGCUAUCAAGCCGACCCCGAGUUUCGCGACAAGUACGCGAAUUGUUCCUCUCCCAAUCCGGCGCCCUCGCACUAUCGGAUCCAAAAGGGAUACUUGCUUCUUCAUUCGCGGGGGAAUAAUCUUCUUUGUGUGCCGCAAGAUUCACAUUUGCGCACCCGGCUUCUUGGCGAGUUCCACGACGCCCCCGCCACCGGACACUUUGGAGUCAAUCGCACGAUUGGCCGACUACGCGAACGCUUUUGGUGGCCCGGUUUCCUCGAUGACGUCACGCGCUAUUGCGAGUCAUGCGAAGGAAGCAAUUGCCGUGGAUAUCACCGGGCCGUUCCCCAAGCACAAGACGGGCGCCGAUGGGAUUCUCACGGUGGUUGACCGACUCACCAAGUUCGCCAUGUUCUUGCCUUGCCACUACCAUGCCAAGGCACCGGAGUUGGCCGAGGUUCUCUACACCGGUUGGAUUCGAACCAAGGGUUACCCCAAGGAAAUCGUUUGUGACCGCGACACUCGGUUCAUGUCCGACUUUUGGUUGGCGCUCAUCCAGCGAUGGGGCUCUUCCCUCAAGCCAAGUUCAGCUCGCCACCCCCAAACCGAUGGUCAAACGGAGAGGGCACAUCACACCGCACAGGUCCUUCUUCGCACUCUCAUUCGUCCCGACCAAAAGGAUUGGGUCGAGCGGCUGCCGGAUGUUGAGUUGGCUUACAACUCGUCUAUCCAUCCGGCUAUCGGGAUGUCACCGUUCGAGUUUGAGCAUGGCUCGCCGGUCAACUCUCAAUUGGACACAACCAUGCCACGGACGACCGAGAGCGACGACCACCUUCUCUUCAUUCGUCGGAUGCAAGAGCUUCUUGUCAAGGCACACGAUCAGAUGUCGAAGACGCAGCAACGUAUGCGCCAACAGGCCAACCGCCAGCGUCUUCCUUGUCCAUUCCGCGCCGGUGACCUCGUAUGGGUUUCCGCUGCGGAAUUCAGCCUCGAGCAAGAUAUCUCUCGCAAGCUCCUUCUGAAAUGGAUGGGGCCCUGGCCGAUCUUGGCACCCGCCGGCGACGCACCCGAAGGCCCUUCGUUUAUCAUUCGGGUGCCCGAACACUUGCCCGUCAACCCGGUCUUUCACUGUUCCAAGUUGGCUCCCUACACGCCAGCCGAACUUGCCGACUUCCCCGGACGACGAUCGCAAGACCUGCCCUCAAUGGACGGCUUCCAAGAGAUCGGCAACAUCAUAUCCCACCGACGACAUGGCAACAAACCGACCGAAUUCUUGGUUCACUUUGCAUAUUGCACGCAUAGAGCUGACCGAUGGCUGACUCCUGCGGAACUUCAGGCAACAGCGCUCGAUGCUCUCGCGCGCUAUGAGCAGAAAUUGAAAGGCAAGCCGGCACCUUCGGCUCCACGACGCACACGCGUCCAAGUACCGCCUUCGGAUCGUCAGCUUCGCCCCCGACCGGCUUGACUUCAUAAGGAGGGGGGGGUGUUACAUGCUGAGCCUGACACACUGGCCCAUUUUUGGGCCCGACGGUUGUUGAGGGCCCCUAGGCCGCGCGCCUAUUCCAAG